AUGGUAGAUGGGAAAUGCUCUAAGCAAUAUCCUCGAGCAUUUACAGCAAACACAGUAACAGGCGACGAUGGAUAUCCUCGGUAUAGAAGACGAUCAACUGAAGAUGGUGGAAAUUCGGCAACUAUACACAUGCGAAAUGGUGAUAUUGAUGUAGACAACCGUUGGGUGGUUCCAUAUUCUCCUUUACUGUCAAAAACAUACCAAGCCCACAUAAACGUAGAAUAUUGCAAUUCUGUGAAAUCGAUUAAAUAUAUCUGUAAAUAUGUAAAUAAAGGCAGCGAUAUGGCAGUUUUUAGUGUGCAAUCUGAUAAUUGUGACAAUAAUGCAGUACGAGAUAUUGAUGAAAUUGCUCAAUACCAGGCUGGAAGAUACAUAAGCAGCAAUGAGGCUGCAUGGCGAAUUUUUUCAUUUCCCAUGCAUGAACGCAAUCCAGCUGUGGUUCACUUGGCAGUACAUUUAGAAAAUGGACAGCGUGUUUAUUUCACAGAUGCAAAUGUGCAAGAAAGAGCCCUUAAUCCACCUGGUACAACUCUGACUGCUUUUUUCACCUUAUGCCAGGAAGACGCUUUUGCCAGAACACUAAUGUAUUCAGAAGUUCCCUCUUACUACACGUGGAAUGUAACUAGAAAAGUAUUUGUACGGCGCAAACGAGGGGAGCCAGUCAACGGUCACCCUGGCAUUUUCAAAGAAAAUACAAUUGGUAGACUUUAUACAGUGCAUCCCAAUCAAGAUGAAUGUUUUUACCUUCGCAUGCUAUUGGUAAAUGUGCCUGGUCCUACAUCUUUCCAGCAAUUAAAAAUAGUUGACGGCGUCACACAUGCCACUUUUCGCGCUACGUGUCAAGCUCUGAAUUUAUUAGAAAAUGACCAACAGUGGAACAUAUGCAUCAAUGACGCGUGCAACACUGCACAUCCAAACCAAAUUCGCGCAUUAUUUGCGAUUAUAUUGACCGCUUGCUUUCCUUCAUCUCCCACAGAGUUAUGGGAAAGAUAUCGUUCGCAUAUGGCUGAAGAUAUUUUGCAUAGAGUACGCCUUGAAAAUGCCAAUAUGACCUUAGAAUUUACAGAAGCCAUUUACAACGAAGCAUUGAUAAAUAUUGAGGACAAGUGCUUAGCUAUUGCAAAUAAAGUUCUUAGUCAAUUAGGAAUGCCAGCACCAACCCGAACUGCGACUGCUGCAUUUGAUGUAGAUUUACGCCGUGAACAGAGUUACAACAUUAAUGAUCUUCAGGCAUAUGUCCAAUCGAACAUUCCCAAAUUAACGUGGGAACAGAAAGGCAUUUAUGAUCGCAUAAUGCAAAUGAUAAAUGACGGAGUUGGGGGGACCUUCUUCUUGGAUGCGCCAGGAGGAACUGGGAAAACAUUCCUCAUUAGAUUGAUUCUAGCAACGGUUCGAUCAAAAAGUGAUAUAGCCUUAGCUCUUGCUUCGUCUGGAAUAGCUGCAACAUUGUUACCAGGUGGAAGAACUGCGCAUUCAGCUCUAAAGUUGCCAUUAAACAUGCAAAUCAUUGAGACUCCUACGUGCAAUAUUUCUAAAGCAUCCGGUAUGGGAAAAGUAUUACAAAAAUGUAAACUAAUUGUUUGGGAUGAAUGCACAAUGGCACAUAAAAAAUCGCUCGAAGCUCUUGAUCGAUCAUUACGAGACUUGCGUGGAAACGUUCAACCAUUCGGGAAUGCAUUGAUAUUGCUCGCAGGAGAUUUUAGGCAAACAUUGCCUGUAAUUUCUCGAUCGACACCAGCAGACGAAAUUAAUGCUUGCCUGAAAUAUUCAACACUAUGGCGGCACGUACAUACAUUGGAGUUGACUACGAAUAUGCGUGUCCAGUUGCAGAAUGAUCCAUCAGCUGAGGUAUUCUCACGACAGUUACUGGAAAUUGGAAACGGUCAGCUGCCAGUCGAUGAGACGUCUAGACAAAUAUCACUUCCCGAUAAUUUUUGUAAUUUAGUUACAUCAAAAGAAGAACUGAUCGAAAAAGUAUUUCCUGACAUUCAGAUAAAUCAUAGAAAUCAUGAUUGGCUCAGUGAACGAGCUAUCCUUGCCGCAAAGAAUAAAGAUGUCUAUCAACUUAAUAAUGUUAUACAAUCCAGUAUUCAAAGUGAUGAAACUACAUAUAAGUCGAUAGACACUGUUGUGGAAGCUGAUGAAGUAGUUAAUUAUCCAACAGAAUUUCUAAACUCACUUGAUCUGCCAGGGAUACCACCACACAUAUUGAAAUUGAAAGUAGGUGUGCCAAUUAUCCUCUUGCGGAAUAUUAAUCAGCCAAAACUCUGCAACGGCACGCGACUUGCAGUUAAGAGAUUAAUGAAUAAUGUAGUGGAAGCAACGAUUUUAACAGGGCCUUUCAAAGGUGAAGAUGUCCUCAUUCCUCGAAUACCCACGAUCCCGACCGAUACACCAUUUCAAUUUAAAAGAUUGCAAUUCCCAAUUCGAUUGGCAUUUGCAAUCACAAUCAACAAAGCUCAAGGUCAAUCUUUAGAAUUGUGUGGUCUAGAUUUAGAUGUGGAUUGCUUUUCACAUGGACAACUGUAUGUUGCGUGUUCCCGAGUCGGCAAACCAGAUAGUCUUUAUAUUUACGCAGACAGUGGAAAAACAAAAAAUAUUGUAUAUAAACAAGUAUUGCAAAAUUAAACUUAUAUGAAAUGUA